ACAAUUUCUGAGAUCUGAAAGGAACAUGUUCAUGAUCACGUGUGAGAUUUGAAAGAUCUGUUGGUCGCACCGAGUUGAAAGUGCUCUGAAUCGGAAUCCUUAAUUUCAUCUCGUUUAUUCACCAUUGGUUGGAAGAUAUUUGUCGUUUAUCAAAAUCCGAAUAACAGGGACCUUGUUGGAUUUUUUGGGCAAAAAAUCUAAUCUCUCUCACCUCCACUCGACAGAAUGAGCAAGCUUAGUAUCGAAGGUCUGAAGGAGUCCAUCGGCAAGGUGCUGGCCGCCUCCCAGGAGAAGAAGCGCAAGUUUGUCGAAACCAUCGAGCUGCAGAUCGGCCUCAAGGAUUACGACACCCAGCGGUAUAGAAUUUUUUUUUCGUGAUUACUUUUGAAGGAUUUUUUACAAUCACGGACGCGUUGAUGGACGUUUCUACGCUUUCUUUUUUUCCGGGUUGGUGGAAAUAGAGGUUUGGUGGUUUAGGAUUGUCGAUGCAGUAUGUCUACCGGAAUGAAAACCAAAAGCACCGAAUAAUUUGAGAUGAAUUUUUCUAAAACAUAAUUACAGUGACAAGCGUUUCUCCGGAACCGUCCGUCUGCAGCAUGUGCCGCGUCCCCGCAUGAAGAUCUGCGUCCUCGGUGACGCCGUCCACUGCGAUAGCGCCCAGAAGCUGGACAUGCCGUUCAAGUCCGUUGACGAUUUGAAGAAGCUGAACAAGAACAAGAAGAUGGUCAAGAAGUAUCAACCCAUUUUUUUUUGCACCUGUUUUGCCUUUUCUCGCAUUGCAAAUAUCGCUAGUUUAAGUUUGCGGAUGAUGAGGUGAGAUUACUAGUGGGUCGAGUCGGCUUCGCUUGGUCUCUUCAAUCUUCUCUUCCGUGAAAAAUGCUAGCUAGAAUAACAUGGGAUUUUUCGAAGUUUCUGUUGUCCAUGUCUGAAGUUUAAAACUUCUACUUAAGGAGACUUCGCGAUGAGAUGAUGUGACUUUGGAUCCCGACAGAAAAGAGUACUACUAUAGUCAGUCAUGCAGUUGAAAAAUAUAGCGGACUGAAGAAGCGCGUCGACGACGCUUGCGUACUAAUAAAGCAUUUGAAAAUCCUCUCAACUCUUCUACUUUUCCCAGGUUGGCCCGCUCCUUCGACGCGUUCAUGGCUUCCCAGGCUCUGAUCCCGCAGAUCCCCCGUUUGUUGGGUCCGGGUUUGAACAAGGCCGGUAAGUUCCCGACCAUGAUCACGCACAACGACGUGCUGGAAGACAAGGCCAACGACAUCCGGGCGACGGUGAAGUUCCAGCUGAAGAAGGUGUUGUGCAUGGGUGUGGCCAUCGGUCACGUCAACAUGACCCCGGACGAGGUGCGGCAAAACAGUCUGAUGAGCAUCAACUUUUUGGUCUCCCUGUUGAAGAAGAACUGGAACAACGUCAAAUCCCUGCACAUCAAGUCCACCAUGGGACCCGCCCAGCGCGUCUUCGGUUAAACAUGUUGUACUAGCGCGUAGGCUGCGAGCUACGAAAAAGAGGAGUUGUACUGGCGGAUCGUUUCGAUAGUGUGUUGUCUUUUGGAUCGUUGAUGCUGGGUAGUGAUAUUUGACACGACUGGUUUGCUUUGUGUCGCAAUGUUAUACCUUGCUUCCAUCUAAUGGGACACGCUAUCAUCAACAUUUGCAGGUGUAUUUCUUUAGACUAGAUGUUACCAAUGCGGUGGCGGUUUGUCGUUCGCGAUAAGCUUUCCGCCGUACUUGGGAGAUACUCUAACGCGUAUCACUCAAUCUGUCUGAGAAUCGGAAACGAGAAGGAAUAGAUUGCCCAAGAAAGUGUACACAACCAAUUC